AUGGGCUCGGUUAUUGAUACUCCGCCGAAGGGCGGCUUCAAGCUGGUCUUACAAAAUCCAUAUCUAUGUGGUUUCUCAACACUCGGUGGCCUGUUGUUUGGCUAUGACCAAGGUGUCAUUAGUGGCGUGAUAACUAUGGAAUCAUUUGGAGCCCGAUUUCCACGCGUCUUCACCGAUAGUGGAUUCAAAGGCUGGUUUGUGUCGACGCUGCUACUCGCUGCUUGGUUCGGAUCUUUGAUCAACGGGCCCAUCGCGGAUCGUGUUGGGCGAAAGCUUUCUAUCAACCUCGCGGUGGUGAUAUUCGUCAUUGGAUCUGCUAUUCAGUGCGCAGCUGUGAACAUCCCAAUGCUUUUCGCUGGUCGAGCUAUUGCUGGUUUGGCCGUUGGAAUGAUGACCAUGGUCGUGCCAUUAUACAUCUCCGAGGUCUCUAUUCCUGAGAUUCGUGGAGGUCUGGUAGUCACUCAGCAAUUAUCCGUCACUAUUGGAAUUCUCGUCAGCUAUUGGAUUGACUACGGCACCAACUACAUUGGCGGUACUCGCUGCGCUCCUGACAUGUCCUACACUGGUGGGACGUCUGCAAAGCCUACUUUCGACCCAUACAAUGAUAUUCCGGCGGCGGGCUGCAACGGGCAAUCGGAAGCUUCGUGGCGUAUUCCACUGGCAAUUCAAAUUGUCCCGGCAGUAAUCUUGGGGGUUGGAAUGCUGUUCUUCCCAGAGUCGCCUCGAUGGUUGCUUAUGAAGGAGCGUGAUGAUGAAGCGCUUGUCUCUCUCUCGAGACUGCGCAGGAAGGAUCGCGAUUGCACUUCUCUGCAGGGUGAAUACUUGGAAAUCAGAGCGUCUAUCAUGUUGGAGAACUCCUUCGCUCGACAGAACUUCCCCAACCUUUCAGGUGUGAGGCUGCAUGCCGCUCAGUACAUGUCUUUGUUCACGAAAUGGGCACGCUUUAAGCGGCUUUUCAUUGGCUGUGCGGUGAUGUUUUUCCAGCAAUUUAUCGGCUGCAACGCCAUAAUCUAUUACGCGCCGACGAUUUUUGGCCAGCUUGGAAUGAAUGGCAACACCACUUCGCUACUCGCAACUGGAGUAUAUGGCAUUGUUAACUGCCUGUCUACUCUUCCAGCAUUAUUUCUGAUUGACAAAUUUGGACGUCGAGCUCUUCUGAUGGCUGGAGCUGCCGGUACUUGUAUCUCACUGGUGAUCGUUGGUGGAAUCCUAGGAGCCUAUGGAGCCGAUUUGAUGAGCCACAAGUCCGCUGGUUGGGCAGGUAUUGCGUUCAUCUAUAUCUAUGAUAUUAACUUCUCCUAUUCAUUUGGCCCUAUUGGUUGGGUGCUUCCCUCGGAGAUUUUCAAUCUUUCGAUCCGGUCUAAGGCCAUUUCCAUCACCACAUCUGCCACAUGGAUGUGCAACUUCAUAAUUGGCCUGGUCACUCCUGACAUGCUUGACAACAUUACCUGGGGCACAUACAUCUUCUUUGCGGCAUUCGCUUUGAUUGCGUUUAUCUUUACAUUCUUCUGUAUCCCAGAAACACGUGGAAAGACUCUAGAGGAUAUGGAUCUCAUUUUCGGAGAUACCUCGGCACACGAAGAAAAAGAACGUAUCAAGCAUAUUGAGGCUGAUUUGCGUGGGACCCCUCUCGAUGAUGCGGAAGACUUGAAGCCAACAGAUCAGCACAAAGAGCUCAUUGAUUCUGUUUGA